UCCUCCCCCGCUAUUAACAAGUAGCCGAAUUUCAUUACAACCCCCCCACAUUACAACAACAAACCCGCACCACCACCACUUUGUCCAUCUUCCUCAUCUCACACCAACUCCCACAGACACACACAAACAAUGAACGCUUCCCAGUACAACGGCCAGUUCCACCGCGCCUCGGAGGCUGCCCCGGGCGUGCUCCUCCUCGAGUUCAACAGGCCUCCCGUCAACGCCUUCCACGACCCCAAGUGGCAGGAGCUGCGGCAGAUUAUUGAGCGUGCUUCCAAGUCUGGCGAGGUCCGUGUCAUCGUCCUGAGCUCGGCACUUGAGAGGUUCUUCUCUGCCGGCCUUGACCUCGACAACACUGGCAACAUCUCGGGUGGCCCAGUGUACGCCGACCCCGCUCGCCGUGCUCUUGCUCUCUACGACCACAUCUUGGAAUUCCAAGGCGCGAUCUCGUCGCUCCAGAAGGCCCGCCCUCCCGUCAUUGGUGCUUUCUACGGCUACUCGCUCGGCCUCGCCGUCGACAUUGCCUCUGCAUGCGACAUCCGCCUCGCUGCCGAGGACGUCAAGUUUGGCAUCAUGGAGGUCAAGGUCGGCCUCGCUGCCGACAUUGGCACUCUGCAGCGCUUCACCAAGGCGACCGGCAACGAGUCCAAGUCGCGUGAGCUCGCUCUCACCGGUCGCCAGUUUGGUGCCCAGGAGGCCAAGGACAUUGGAUUUGUCAGCGAUGUCGUCCCCGGCUCGCGGAAGGAGGUCAUUGGUGAGCGAUUGUUUGGCCCCUCCUCUGACGCGGUUAUAGCUGCGGCAAUCAAGCUUGCUACGGUCAUUGCCGCCAACAGUCCCGUUGCCGUUGUCAGCACCAAGCACAUUAUGAACCACGCCCGCGACCACACCGUCGAGGAGAGCCUCGAGUACCAGGCUGCUUGGAACAUGGCUAUGCUUCAGUCGGAGGACACUGUUCAGUCCAUGCUGGCUGUCCGUGCCAAGAGGACCCCUGUCUACAAGGCGAUCAACGCGACUGUUGAUCCCAAGGCCAAGUUGUAAAGCGACGAGAAGAAGGAUCAGGAUCAGAUGUAUUGUCAACAAUCAGAGCA